GCUUUGACCAUAGUUAAAAUGGCGAUCGAGUUAGCGUAAUUGCAUCGGGUACUGCAAGGAGAGUUUGCCUCUCUAUGCAAUUUGAAUUCCAUGCUCAGUCCGCGGGACGUUCCGCCACGUCUGUUCAGAUCUGUGAAGUCCGAUGCAAAUCGAUCUCUAGAGAUGCAGAUUCAUCGUGAAUGUCGAUAUAUUGUAUCGACAUUCGGUGAAACGUUUCAAAUUUCAAUAGUGGCGGCCUAGUUCUCAUGCUGUGUUGUUGAUUUUGCUUAUAAGUGAUAGUGGAUGAUUUGUCUUGGGAGUUUAAGCUAUUGCCUUUAAUUGGUGUGUUUUACAAAAGUAAAAUUAUUACGGAUCUUUUUAAUGUGAGAGUUUUUGGGUGACAAAUUGUAAUAAAAUCUAUCUGGUGUUAUGUGCCUCCGACGAAAAAUUAAUGAACUUGGAAAUUGAAUACAAGGAAAAAACCUUAGAUUUUGACGAAAUGCUGCAUUGCAACUUCAGAAUACAGAACGUUGCACGUAGUUGGUACAAUGUUUUGUUUCUAAGUAAAAUCGUCAUCGUUCAGGGUUUGCCGCUGUUGUCUUCAGGGUCACUAACUUCUGUGGUUUGGCACAAUGAGUUACCGAGAGACAACAGAAGAUUUAGAAACAUUAGAGGGCAAAUUAACCACUCUGAUAACUGAUACUUUCAAAUGUUGCGUAAGGAACUAUGAAGCCUUACUGCCAUACCUUGGGAAAAAGGAAACAAAUUCUAAAACACGUCACAAAUUAGUACAAGUUAAUAUACUGUUAAACAAGUUAAAUGAAUACCUUGUGAGUCUAAGAGUUGAAUAUGAUGGUAACUCAUCAUAUGAACAAAAAGGGAAGUCUGUUCUGUGUGAAGGAGGUAGGAAGAGAAGAAUGAAUGAUCUGCUCGAGUUAGGUGGACAUGAGACCAAAAAUAUAAAAAUGAAAGUGCAAUUUACCAACAAUGCAAAGCAUUCCAUUGCAUUAACUUCAGAGACUGGAAUCAAUAUGCAGUCGGAGAAUAUAGUAUUAAUGGGUAGUGAAAAAACAAGUAAUACACAAAAUCAGAAGUCGGACAUACACAGGAACAAAAACACAAAAAUGGAGAUACAAGAUUCAAAGCAAGUCAAAGAUACACAUGAAUUGCCUAUAACUAAUAGUCAGAUUCAUGCUGUUCAGAAAUCAUGUGACACUACAAAAAAUGAAAAGACUGAUGAUGAAGAAAGUGAAUCUGUGCCAGAUAGAUUUGUGAAGGGUAAUACAUAUGAUAAAUCUGCUGACAGUACUAUUCACACAGAAAGCAAUGAAGCAUGUGUUCCAUUACAAAAUGUAGAAAGUGAGAUUAGCAGUCAAGAGAAAUGUGAAGAUAGUGACAUUGUUCUUAGUAAAGAUCCUAUAACACGUGUACCUGUUCAGAGAGUAGAAGAAGUGUGUAAUGUGAGGCAUGAACUAUAUGGUAUCAAAAAGCACAAGAAAAAUAGUUUUAAGUGUACACUGUGCAUGUGUGUAGUUUCUGACUUGAAAACACUGUAUAGUCAUGUGCAAGGAAAGAAGCAUCAAAAGAAACUGGCUGGCAAGGCUUGUUCAAUCAGAAUUGCUGAAGUUCCAAAUAGCACCAGUGAAAGUGCAGCAUCUGUUUCUAUGUGUUCUACAGUUGCCUGCUCAAUCACUGAUACUGUUCCAAGUAAUAGCUGUGAAAGUAUAAUGUCUGAUUCUGUGUGUUCUGCUGUUUCCUGCUCACCUGCUGAAAUUGGUCCAAGUAGCAGCAGUGAAAGUACAGCAUCUGAUUCUGUGAGUCCUGUUUUCUGCUCUCUGGCUGAUAAUGUUGCUAUUGUAGAGGACAAAGACAAGGUAGCAUCAAUGAAACGUGCAGUUGUAUUAGAGCAUAUAUGGACUUAUUUUGAUCCACCAUUUCACUUUAACAAAAAAUUCAUUAGGUUUCAUUCGGAGCGAAUAAUCUGUUACCUUUGUUAUGAAGAGACAGGAAGGUACAUACUCGAUGUGAGGAAGCACAUUUCUAAAGUAAGUCAUCUGGAUCGGAUAAAUACAUUACGGAACAUGAAUUUGAAAAAUAAAUCCUCCAAUAUACAAAUGUUUGAUGUACCAGGCAGCCUAGAGAACAUUGUUCCUGCAACACAGUUUAGUUUGAGAAACUAUGGUUUCUUUUGUAGUGUGUGCAACUGUUUCUGUGAAAAUACAGUUGUGUUAAAUCACAUGACAGGUGAAAGCCAUGGCAAAAAGCUAGAUGAAAUUAAAAAAUCUGUAUAGUAUCAGGAAAUUGAAACAGUGAAGGUAAUUUAUGUGGGACUAUAAUGUCAUUUUUGCUGUUAGUAUGUUAUAUCCAUCAGCAAAAAGUGUUUUCAAGGAACUCAUUUUUAAGAAGGCACCUUGUUUUAAAUUAAGAUAAAAAUUUACAUUGUGAUAAUAAUGUGUGAAAAUAAAAACGUGAAAGUUAGUUAAAUGGAAAAUGCAAUUUACCAAGGAAAAACUGGGUGGGAUAUAUUAAUUAAAGGUUUUGAAGCACAGUAAUUUGUCGACAGCAAGUUCGAACUUGUUUUGAGAUGCCUGUCCAUUACAUUUUGGAUUCCUGUUCUAUGUUUUAUAUGACACUUGCCGUGCAUACAAGGCAUGUUCCGAAAGUAAGUAUACUGUGACCAAAACAGGCUGUAGUUUUUUGGUUUUUGAGGGUUGGCGACAGUCAGUGGUAGAGGAUUCACUGACCAGUGCAAAUAUCACAGGACACGUAGUAUGUAAACUCAUAUUGUAGAGUCCAGUUGUGUAAAAGAUGUCAGUAAGAAAUCCCGCCAAGUGCUGCCACAUGGUGUGCACUGCUUCCUACUCACAGAAAGAAUAACUACCGAAAGUCUUUUGUGAAUCAAAACAUUUAAUGGUGAACGAGUUGUGAACAGAAUGAGUGUGUUUGAAUGGUGCAGGGAGCUUAGUAAAUGCAGGAAAAAUGUUCAUCAUGGACAGACGAGUUGAAGACCUUACAUUUUGACUGAUGAGUUGGUGCAAAAAAUCAAACUCUGUUUGUGAAGACUGAUGAUUGACUGUGGAUGAAAUUUCUUCAGUGUUUCCACAACUCUCCAUGACUCUCUUAUGUAAAACACUUGUAGAAAUGCUGGAAUACUGCAAACUGUGUGUAAGUUGGGUCCAAAAACAGCUGACGUAGCUGCACAAGAAAAAUUAGGUCAGUAGCACCCAUGAGUUUAUUGAGUGUCUUGAAUUGGAAGAUAAGGAUUUUCUGAGCUCUUUUGUGACUGGAGAUGAAAUGUCACAGUGGUGUCACACCAAUUCCCAAUUUGCAAAAAAAUUUAAAACCACAUUUUCAGACAAAAAAAGUGCAAUGAUACUUUGAGACCCUAAAAAACACAAAAGGAGAAUUCAAAACAAUAAUAGGAGAAUGCUGACGAGAGGAGUGCCUGUCCUCACACAGCCUCAGCCACUAAGCUGCUCUUGGACCUAUUAUUUGUAUGGGAUCUGACAAACCAUUCUCUCUCCCUUGUAUUCCCCUGGUGUGGUGCCUUCAGAUUAUCAUCUUUUCACCUCCUUGAAGGCUUACAAGAGUAAAAUUAAAUUUUCAACAUAUGAGCAGAUGCAGAAAUAGGUUCUGAAGUGGAGGAAGGAGAGUUCUAUGAGGAGGGCAUAAAGAAGCUUGUGCCACAGCUCACACAUGCACUGAACAAGAUGGUGAUUGUGUGGUAAACUAGCCUUCAAGCGUAUCAACAAUAUUCCAAAGUUUUCAUUCAAAUACACUUUUUUUU